GUCACCUGUUAUCUAUCAUGGAUUAUGAAGAGAAAGCGAAGUCGGUGGCUGAUUGUUUGAUGGGCUACAGGAAGGAUGCGUCCGGGUGGAAAGUCUGCAAGAAAUCGAAUGACGUCGUCGUGUCUUGGCGUCCUUCAUCUGAGUUCCUCGGGAAUGUUUAUAAGGGGGAGGGGAUCGUCAACGGCAGCCCAGAGAAUGUUUGGGAGUGCUUGAAGCCGAUACCCAACGGGCUCAGAGUCAGUUGGGACAAAAAUGUGAAAAUGUUUCAACUGUUGGAACAAAUCACAGAGGACAUCUCUAUCUUCAGAACAGUCACGCCCUCAGCAGCUAUGGGGAUCAUAGCUCCACGAGACUUUGUGGAUGUUAUUUUAAUUAAACAAUAUGAAGACGGCACCAUUUCAUCAAAUGCCAGCAACGUGAUUCACGCGGGCUGUCCUCCCCAGUCCGGCUAUGUGAGAGGAUUUAACCACCCGUGUGGAUGCAUCUGUGUCCCCGUCUCAGGAGAGCCCAAGAAGACCCAGGUUUUUAGUUUCUUCCAGACUGACCUGAGUGGCCUGCUCCCUCGCUCUGUGGUCGACUCCUUCUUCCCCUCCAGCAUGACCGAGUUCUACAGCAACCUGUCCAAGGCUGUCAAAUCCCUCAAGGACCUUUGACACCGAGAGGUUAAGAAGUAUACCUUUAAACCUGAGGCCUAAUGACUUGUCAGGCCAAAUGAAAAACAGUCUAUUUUAAAACAGUCCAAACCCAACAGCAAUCAGUACACCGACAUGAUCCAACACUUAUUUCAUUUAAUUCGACGCCAUGAUUAGUUUAUAUUUCCCUGGUACUGAAGGAGGAACUCGCUAAAUCUUCCUUCCUUCCAAUUUGAGGGCACUAAAAAAAGUCACAAGCUCUAAGAUCAAGUCUUUGACAAACCAGCAUCUUUUGUGUCCCUACCUGUGGGAUGAAUAUAUGUCCUCCAAUCUAAAGAGAAACACAUGAUGUAAA